AUGAUCUCGUUGUCCGUUCCACGCACUUCUCGCUCGUUAAGUCCUGCGAUGGCUCGAAGUGCUCCGAGUUCUCCGAUGACCAAAUACAGUCCAGGAAUGGGUGAGUACGUCUAAAUAUGGGCUGUGGAUAUAGGAAUAUGCGUGAGAAUUGGAAUACUUUCAUUUUCUUUCGAAUUCAUGUCAAGUAGGCUAGUUAGUUGAAUUGACGGCGGCAAACGUCACAUCAUCCCCUCCUCCCUUCCCGCUCACAUGUCAAGUUCACGAACUUCCACUCACCUUCCAUCCCCCAAAUGCUAACCGACUUAUCCCCCCGUGAGGUCACUCUAAUCCGUUUUGCCUUGUCACAAGAGUGAACGAGCCUUCCUCAGUGUCUGCAGCCAGCUCAAGUGUGCUCGUUCUCUCGAAUAUCAGUUCCCUCCGUUCGUCUAUUUUUAGUUGAACUAUUUUUCUGCUCGAAAACACGUCACAUACAGCGGGAGAAGAGCAAGAACCAAAACGCUGCUUUUCUUUGUCUUGUAAUACUGCAAAAAAGUCGUCAACUUCCAGAAAAGGAGCAUCUCGUCAAAAGUCAUUCGAUAGGAAUGUUGUUGUUUUCUCUUCUUUUCUUUGCAUUCCCCGCCCGAUAUUCUAGUCAUGAGUACUACACAGAUCCUCUUUCCUCGAGGGGUCCGUCUGCCACAAAAGACCAUUGUGGGAAGGGGAAGCAGUUGCUCCUUGAGCCGACGUCUUCCUGUCGCCGCGUCCUUUUGCAAACAAUGUCUGAUUCUGUUAGGAGUCUUUUUCCGAGCAAAAGGACACGGAGUCACUGCUCCCGCUUGAACACUUUGCCUGGUUUUUGAGCAUUCUGAAGAGGUCUCCAUGACUUCCGCCGGCCGGAAAUAGAGAAGAAAUGCGUACGAUGAAACACCAAACCUCAGGCAUUUCUCUCCUGUUUUCCAAGUCACUUUUCAAAGCGAAUAUCUUCACACCCACUAAGCACAGUUUUAACACUCGAGACUUUUGUUUCCGAUUCAUUCUAAGUUGAAACCAAAGAUCUGAGCCCGCGUAUCCUCUCUGUUCUUUGAAACGUCUCUCCGGCGUUCUUAGCUGGGAACCUUGAAUAAUACCAGUUUCCACAUAAUCCAACGAUCAUAACACACACCCGGAUCUUCCUGUUUCGCUCGGAUCCUCCUAUUGCUUCCUCGGCAGAAACGUUUUCGCGUGCAAUUAGUUCUCGUGCCCUCUUCCUUCUUCCUUCUCUUCUGCUCCGUCUUAUUCUUCCCAUUCCCCUUCUGCUACUUCACGCCCUCUUGUUCGGUGUCCGAUUUCAAUGAAUCUUCUCGAGUUGUUCUUCUGACGUGGUCCUUGAAUUCUCCCAAGUGUUUUCGGUUGUUGUCGUCGCCUUUUCCGUGAAUCGCUGCCCGCUUGUUUGCCCGCACUUCCUGCCUUCCGGGGCGGAUCUCUGACUGUAAUGUUGGCCCGGCAACUGUCAAAAACACUCAUUAGCUGUGUCUCCGUCUCUGUCGGUGCCUUCAAUGUGACGUGGUAAUAACACGUCGCCUAUGAUGAUACCUCUUCUGACGUCUAUUCACUUUUUAUUUUUAGAAUUGUAGAUUGGCAACCAGAAUAGGCUCGUUGCGGAUUUAGAGCUUUUCAAAUCCUUGCCCUCUGAUAUUCGCACGAACUUGAGCUUCAUUCUCUGGUUCUUUCGGUACAUUCCGUUCAUUCUUCUUUGGAGCCGAUCACGAGAUUAGCUCAUUUCCCCUCCCUCUAGCCUCAGGGCAAGUUUGAAACAGAACCGAAACUCUUUCCCUCUUCUUCUCCUUCUUCUUCUUCUGAUUUCUUCAAUCCUUGUUUGCCAGUGGCAGUUGUAGCAUGACGUGGUAAUCACGAGAGAUAAGCAGAUUUGGGAGGGGCUUCUCGUCCGUUUCCGUCCGUUCUUCCUCCACUACUUUCUAUAGUUUUUGUGUGGAUCAAAAUGCGACUAAUAGAAUGAAGAAACGGCGAAGAGCAGAAUGCGUUUGUGUUGAUCUAAUCUGGGCUUCUAUUGUUGGCUCUUCCCGACCAGACACCGCCUUUUUCGUCCGUCCGCCUCCCAUUCGAAAUUAGCACUUUCCCUCUACUUGGCCUCCAUUCUAUCCGUUCCGUCCAUACCUGCCAAGGUAUUCAUUCAUCCACGUGAGAAAGCCAAAAUAAACAUUGGCAUCAUCAUCAUCCCGCCCGAAGACAUGAUUUCUGGUGCCGGCCGUCAUGCGCCGCACCCCCACCAUUCCCUCCGUUUUGUCCGCUCCCUAUUCGUUGUUAUUCCGGUCAACAAUUGAAUAUUUCGAAACUGAAAUACUCUUUUCUGUGUUGGUUCCAAAUCGUCCGUUUUUCAGAAUCCAUGUCCGCUCGCGACCGUUCCGGGAGCAUCUCGCUUUCCCCACGAAACAUCAUCCCCGUGUGCGGCCAACUCACGCCCUCCCAGGUGUCGGUGAUCCGUCGUUCCUGGAGACACAUCAACACAAAAGGACUCAUCGUCGUGUUGACGCGCUGCUUUUCCAGAGUGAGUUCCGAACAAAGAAGCACGUCAUUUCCGGUUGUUGGGCUAAGGUGUGCCCGGCAAUUAGAGGCAGGUAUCGUGGUGAGAAUUCGCUAGAAUGAACUUAUUAGUCACCCGAUUACGCAAAAGAUCAGAAGGGCUUUGGCUCGCGAAAAGCUCAUUGAGAUAUCAGGGUUUCAGCUCGAGUCCAACUGUCCGAUCGUCUCGCAAUGCUUCCAGUCGGCCACGUAUUCUCUGUCCACUAAUCCGAAUCAAGUGCGCACAGUGGCCGAUCAUGCGAAGUAUCUCCUUCAGCUCUUGGACAAGAUCAUCGAAGGUGACGUGGUGAGAAGAGAGGAAGAGAGGAGAAAUCAUUGAAAAGUUCGUAUUCCAGGAUUCCGAAGUGCUCCGCGAGAUCGGCGCGAAUCAUGUCAGUCUGAAACACGAGAACGGAUUCAGCAGUCAGGAGUGGGACAGAUUCCAAGAGAUUAUGGUCGAGGUGAUUCUGAAGCAGGACGGCGUCAAGCAGAGCAAGGAGACGAGCCGUGCGUGGCGCCUUCUCAUUUGUGCGUUCAUCGAACUGAUCCGGGACGGUUUUGAUGCGCAAGUCCGUCAAUUUCGCAGAAAACAUUCGUUCAAUGCGCACGUUCAGUACUUUGAAAACAUUGAAAAGUGAGUGAGUCUUUCUUCAUUCCCUUCCGCAACAUUUCCGUAUUUCAGACGCGUUGGAGUCUGCCCAAGUCGCAAGAUCUCGUUGAAUGUGGACCCUCGGAACAAUCCGAACGGACCUCGGAAGUAUUCACAGUACUGA